CGCACCCCACCAAAUAAAUUAGUUGAAAAUGACCAGAAAACCGACUGAAAGACCCACAAAUGGUAGACUGCAAUUUCUUUUAAACUUCAUCCUUGUUUCCAUUACCCUAUUCUCAUUGAUUAAUCAUCACGUGGCUCAAUUUAGCACACUUCCCCCAUCAUCUUCCUCACUAGGAAAGCACACAUUGAAACAGAAACCACAGUUCAUAAGUUCACCUCAACAACACAGGCACACAGUGGCUUAAAGUUUUGCACUUAAAAAAUCUUCAGCUCAAGAAUCAGCGCAAGCUUCCAUCUUUUCUCACAAACUCAUAUAUUAGAUUUUUAUCUAGUUAUAUCAUUGUAAUUAUUCAGUUUUUUCCCUGAAAAAUGGAGAAAAUUACUGCUUUGGUUAACUAUGAGCUCAGAGCUUGUGGGAUAGUGUAGAGUUCUUUCUUUAAAGCCAAAGGGUUCUUGUAUUUUCAUUUAUAAUUUUCCCUUUACUUUUUCUUUUCCUUCUCUUUCCUCUCUGAAGAAUGGGUUGCAAGUGCAUGAUAUCAGGGAAUUGGGUUAGAUUGAGGAAAAGAAGUGGUGGGUUGAGAACAAAACAGGCAGGGCGUGCGUCUUGCAGAGGAGCUUAAGCUUUAAGCCUAAAGGGAAAGAAAAUGUUUUCCCACAGGGAAGACUAAUUAAAAUAAUUUUCCCCUAUCCUCUCUGUUCAGGAUUUGAUCUCUUGAAGUGAAUUUUUCUAGGCACAUCCAAGAAUAUUGAUAUAUUCUUCUGUUCAUUGGUGCAUUUGUUGUACUGCUCCAUUUAGUUGUGUUUGCAAUGGGGUAUCUGUUUAAAGAGGUUCUGAAGACUCUUUGUGGAGUCAACCAGUGGGAUUAUGCUGUUCUCUGGAAAAUUGGUUGCCAAAACCCCAAGCUUUUAAUUUGGGAAGAAUGUUAUUAUUCACCUCUAUCAUGUGCUGGACUACCAGGGAUUUCCAGAAUUGGGAAUCCAAAAAUCGGUUAUGAAGGUUAUAAUGCUUCCUGGGUUUUGACUGAAAAUCACAUUCUACAGCCCAGUGUUCAAGCAGAGAACAAAUUGCAUGUGCUUGUAAACCAGAUGAUGACGGACCAGCAUGUUAAUAUUGUAGGAGAAGGACUAGUAGGAAGGGCUGCUUUUACUGGUAACCCCCAGUGGAUUCUUUUGGACAAUUUUACUAAAGAACCCCAUCCAGGAGAGGUUCUGAAAGAGUUGUAUCUGCAAUUUUCUGCUGGUAUGCAGACACUGGCAGUUAUUCCUGUUCUUCCUCAUGGCGUUGUUCAACUUGGUUCACACUUUACAAUAGUGGAGAAUAUGAGAUUUAUUAAUGAUGUGAAGACCUUGGUACUUCAGAUGUCAUAUGCAGCUGGUGGAUUACUAUCUGAUAAUCAUACGGCAAAGAUACUUGUUCCAGAAACAAGGGUAUCAGAAUGUCUUGGAAAUUUCACUCCUGGGGACUCGUAUCUUGGAUCAAAUAUGAUGAAGCCUACUCCUCCCAUUUCUGACAGUUGCAUCUAUGCUGGAAACUCGACUCAGACUUCUAGAUCUGUCAGUCAAACUUCUUGUUCUUUUGUAAGACAAAUGUCAAAUGGUGCAGCAUUUCAAACCUCGAAUUUGAAUCAAAAUCAUGUGAAGCCACACGAUAACCACCAGGAAUCAGAACUCGUUUCAACUGUUAAGUUCAACUUUAAUUCCAAAAACCAAUCGGUGAAUGCAUUGACAAAAGCUGAUGUUAUCCCUUCAAAUCCUGAAAUUUGGCUGAACCAACAGGCUUCUAUGAAUAUCCCAAGGUCCAUGUUAGAUCAACAACCUUCUUGCAGUUCAUCCACAUUGAAUAAUGGCAAUUCAAGAUGGGUGGAAAGACAAAUAUCAUUGGUUGAUGGAACUCAAGGCCAUUUUAGCAACCAAAAUGUGUCCACUGGCAUUCUGAUGUCUGCACAGAGAACAAAUUCUGACCUGAUUUCCAGUUCUAAUGAAGAUUCUGUUACUAUUCCAUCAGCUGAAAUUAGUGGACUACAUGAAGUUGCAGGUGGCCAUGUGAAAUCAAUAUUAGGAACAAAUUCUGUUUCAGAUACAACGUGUAGGCCAUCAAAUGGAAAUAUUGACUCCAUGCAUUUCACCUCAAGUGGGCUUCCAAACACUAAUUCGUCUAAAAUAGAACCGUCCUUUUCUGAUUCUUCGUGUUAUUUGACCACAAAUCACUUGCUUGCUCAUAGCUCUGGUAGCAAACAUCACUACAUUGAUGACAAAUUUGCAAAGAACGAGUUGAAAGCAGCCGAGGACAGAUUAGAGAAAAAGGUAAUUCAUACUAGUAGUAUUAUCCAUUGUCAACAUGAAGAGCAUCAGAAUUUUGCAGAGCUCAAUUCUGGCUUUCUUCAAGAUGACAGACAACAUGAAUUUGUACAAGAGAUUCUGCCACUGAUAAAUACCAAAUAUGAAGAUGGAUAUGUCCAACCUCAAUCAGGAGAUGAUUUAUUUGAUAUUUUGGGUGUUGAUUUUAAGAACGAACUAUUGCGUAGUUGCUGGGAUAGUAGUUUGAACGAUCAAUCAGAUCCGAAUACAAAUAGUUUGACCACAAAUAAUUCUUUAUCUAUGAAAACUCAGGAUGCUGCUUCGGAAAUAUAUCCUGUUGACCUAGGAAAUUCAGAAAGUGGUAUUUUCUCUGUGACAAGCAGUGACCAUCUCUUAGAUGCUGUGGUCUCCAGGGUUCAUUCUUCUAGCUUGGAUGAUAAUGUUUCUUGCAAGACAACAUUGACGUAUCCAAGUAGCUCCUCUGCACCUAAUGCUUCACUUUCCACUGGGAGGAUGGGGGUUUCUGAUCAACUGAAGGAAAAGGUAUUUGGCAUUCCAAAAUAUAUGGUAAAAGCAGAAACUGCUAAUUCUUGUUCAUUUAGGUCUGGAUGUUCCAAGGUUGAUUCAGGAACCCUUUCGCAAAGUAGUUCCAUUUAUGGGUCACAAAUAAGUUCAUGGAUUGAAAAGGGUCGUGAAUUGAAACAGAGUAGCAGCGUGUCUACUGGAUACUCUAAAAAGCCUGAUGAAACAAACAAAACAACUCGCAAGAGGCUUAAACCAGGAGAAAAUCCUAGACCCAGACCAAAAGAUCGCCAAAUGAUCCAAGAUCGUGUCAAAGAAUUAAGGGAAAUUGUGCCAAAUGGGGCUAAGUGUAGCAUUGACGCUCUUCUUGAACGCACUAUCAAGCAUAUGCUUUUCUUGCAAAGUGUGACAAAGCAUGCUGAUAAGCUAAAACAAACAGGAGAGUCAAAGGUUAUUAACAAGGAUGGCGGAUUGCUUUUAAGAGAGAAUCUUGAAGGAGGAGCUACAUGGGCGUAUGAAGUUGGUUCACAAUCUAUGGUCUGCCCUAUAAAAGUUGAGGAUCUAAAUCAGCCUCGUCAAAUGCUUGUGAAGAUGCUCUGUGAAGAACAAGGUUUGUUUCUGGAAAUAGCUGACAUGAUUAGAGGAAUGGGGCUAACCAUUCUGAAGGGGGUUAUGGAAACUUGGAAUAACAAAAUCUGGGCACACUUUGUGGUAGAGGCCAACAGGGACGUAACGAGGAUGGAUAUUUUUGUUUCACUUGUUCGACUCUUGGAGCAAACUGGGAAGAGUGGUGUAGCACCUGCCAAGGGCAUUGAUAAUGAGAGCACAAUGAUUCAACAAUUUCAUCAAGUUGCAUCCAUUCCCGUAACUGGUUCUGAUGACUCACAACUUUUGGCAUCCAUGUGCUGAAACCAUCGACAUUGUUUUGGAGCCCGAGGGAAACUUAGGAGACAAAUUAUACUUGAUCUAAUUUGAUGGAUUAGCUGAUGUAAACAUUGUUGCCUCUUUUUUAUUCAUUUCUGAACUCUUUUAAGUUCUAUUAGCUGGAAGGAUAAUAGUGUUUGGUCUUUCAUUUGCAGUGUUUUCUUGGUAUGUUGAUGUACAGUAAAGAUUGGUGGGAUAUUUAUUAAGGGCGAGAGGUGUUUUAUUAAACAUAUUUUUAUGGCCUGCUUCUUGAUUUUCA